AUGAUGCAUGGACUUGCCCUUUUCAUGGGCCUUGUUGGCAUUGCCAGCGCGGCAUGCCCUUACAUGGCCGGUGAAGUGCCUGGUCUGAGUCGUCGCGAUACUGAAGAUGCCGCUGCCGAUACCGAAGACUUCCUCUCGCAGUUCUACCUCAAUGACGAGAACGCGUUCCUGACCUCGGACGUGGGAGGUCCCAUUGCAGACCAAAACAGCUUGAGCGCGGGCGAGCGUGGACCGACGCUCCUGGAAGAUUUCAUUUUCCGGCAGAAGAUUCAGCGGUUUGAUCAUGAGCGAGUCCCCGAACGGGCUGUGCAUGCUCGCGGCGCUGGUGCCCACGGUGUCUUCACCUCGUACGGUGACUGGUCCAAUAUCACCGCUGCUUCGUUCCUGUCUGCUGCCAACAAAGAGACGCCCGUGUUUGUCCGCUUUUCCACCGUUGCUGGAAGCCGCGGAAGUGCUGAUACAGCACGAGACGUCCAUGGCUUUGCGACACGCUUCUACACUGACGAAGGCAAUUUCGAUAUCGUAGGAAAUAACAUUCCCGUCUUCUUCAUUCAAGACGCCAUUUUGUUUCCAGACUUGAUCCAUUCGGUCAAACCUCGCGGUGACAAUGAGAUUCCGCAGGCGGCGACUGCUCACGACUCGGCCUGGGACUUCUUCAGCCAGCAGCCGAGUGCGUUGCACACUCUUCUCUGGGCGAUGGCUGGACACGGUAUCCCUCGGUCAUUCCGCCACGUUGAUGGCUUCGGCGUCCAUACCUUCCGUCUGGUGACUGAUUCCGGCAAGUCAAAGCUGGUCAAAUUCCACUGGAAGUCGGUACAAGGUAAAGCGAGCUUUGUCUGGGAAGAGGCGCAGCAGAUCUCCGGGAAGAACGCGGACUACAUGCGUCAGGACUUGUUUGAUGCUAUAGAAGCCGGGCGCUACCCCGAAUGGGAGCUCGGUGUUCAAAUCAUGGACGAGAGUGACCAGCUCAGAUUCGGAUUUGACCUGCUGGAUCCGACCAAGAUCGUGCCUGAGGAAUACGUCCCGGUCACCAAGCUGGGCAAGAUGCAGUUGAACCGCAACCCUAAGAACUACUUUGCGGAGACCGAACAGGUCAUGUUUCAACCGGGCCAUGUGGUUCGCGGUGUCGACUUCACCGAAGAUCCUCUGCUCCAGGGCCGUCUCUUCUCCUACUUGGAUACCCAAUUGAACCGUCACGGUGGCCCCAACUUCGAGCAGCUUCCCAUCAAUCGUCCCCGUGUGCCAAUCCACAACAAUAACCGGGAUGGAGCAGGCCAGAUGUUCAUCCCCCUUAAUAAAGAUGCCUACACACCCAACACACAGAACAACGGCUCUCCGAAACAAGCCAACCGAACCGUCGGCAACGGCUUCUUCACCACGCCCCGUCGCACCACCAGCGGCACCCUCCAGCGCACCGUCAGUUCCACAUUCGCCGACGUCUGGUCCCAGCCACGACUUUUCUGGAACUCGCUUGUCGCUGCAGAGCAGCAAUUCGUGGUUGACGCCAUGCGCUUCGAGACUGCCAAUGUCGCCAGUACUGUCGUCCGCAACAACGUCAUUAUCCAGCUGAACCGCAUCAGCAACGACCUGGCCACUCGCGUCGCCCGCGCUAUCGGCGUCGCCGCGCCAGACCCCGACCCCACAUACUACCACGACAACACGACAGCGCACAUCGGCGCGUUUGGGCGCAAGCUGUUGAAGCUGGACGGCUUGAAGGUCGGACUGCUGGCGUCUGUGCAGAACGCGUCGUCGUUGGCACAGGGCACUGCACUCCAAGAGCAGCUUUCGUCUGUAGGGGUGGACGUCGUGGUUGUCGGGGAGCGGCUGGCGGAUGGCGUGGAUCAGACGUACUCCGCGUCGGACGCGAUCAACUUUGACGCCGUGCUUGUGGCAGAUGGGGCGGAGGGGCUGUUCAGUGCUCGAUCGUAUACGGCGAAGCCAUCGGGCGCAAGCUCGCUGUUCCCUGCAGGGCGUCCACUCGAUAUCUUGGUCGAUGCAUUUAGAUUUGGUAAGACCGUUGGCGCGCUUGGGAGAGGCGCUGCGGCGCUGCGGUCGGCACAGAUUUCCACUGACCGAGAGGGCGUAUAUACUGCCAAGAACGUUGGAGAUGAUUUUGUUGAUGAUGUGAAAGAUGGGCUACGCACUUUCAAGUUCUUAGAUCGGUUUGCGCUGGACAAAUAG